UAAGUCAAGUUAGAAUUGUGUGUACACAUAUUGUGUCUAUACUUUUGAUAUCAACAACACGAAUCUUUUAGCGUCACUGACACUUGAAACAUUCUAUCCAGAGAAAUACUACAUAAACCUAUAAUUAUACAGACUUGUUGAUCCUGAUAUCUGUGUGUUAUGUUAUCGAACCUUGCGUGUUGUUUUCUUUAAAUUAGAUUAAUCAUAAUCUACGAUGGCAGACGUAGAAUUCGUGAUUCCUGCGAAAAAAGAUGAGCUACUGCAAGGGGAGCCAGGCCAGUACACUGUUACUAAUGUCUGCAACCUUCCUGAGUUAUCAACUAAGCUUUCAGACUGCAGAAAUGCUAUUAGUGAAGUUGGUACUGACUUUAUUCUCGACCAUUUUGAUUCCCUUUUCUCCGUGCUAGUUCACUUCAAACAAGCUGACUUAUCUACAUUGGCAAAAGGAUGGAAUGUCAUUAUGAAAGGAUAUGGUAUGCUACAAAAUAAUUUGGCUCUACUGCUAGAAGAGGGUGACCUUGACUCUGAUCUGCGAUUUAAAACUGUGAAUAUUACAAAAAUGGCAACAUACAUUUUGACACAAAUGAUGAGAGGCUUUGAAGAAAAACUGUCUCAGAAGUCAAGCAAUGGAAUUCUCAUUGACAUCGGAAAAGGCCGCAGAAAGAAUAACAAGAAUACUGAGUAUGAUGCUUUUAACUGGGAAGGAAAAAGGCAUAGUGCCUUGGUCCUGCUAUACAAUCUUUUACAGCUUCCAUUAAAUAAAUUAUGGGAACCUCCUAUAGCUGAGGAAGAAUUUGUCAAUCUUAUUGCUGAUUGCUGCUAUAAAGCUCUUGAAGAUCCUGGUAUUUCAGCAGCCAAGAUGAAAUACAUGCGGGAAACAAUAUUUCAGGUGCUGGGAAUACUGAUCAAACGCUACAGUCAUGGCCUGAGCUGCACUAUCAAGAUAGUUCAUUUGUUGAAGCUGUAUGAGCAUUUGGUAAGUCCAUUAGCUCAAGGUGUUGUGCAGCUGGUGCAGGAAUUUGGUUGCCGGACUAUUAUUCGUGAGUUGGUACGUGAAAUUAGUGACACAGACAGCUCUGAUCUGAUGCAAGAUACAUCUGGUGCGAGAGCAUAUUCACAGUUCCUUGUGGAAGUUGCCGAGAGAGUUCCAGAGCUUAUAGUGCCAGCUAUCAGUUCCCUUGCUGUGCAUCUUGAAGGAGAGUCUCCAGCAAUGAGAAUGUGUGUCUUAGGAAUAAUGGGAGAAAUAGUUCUGCGUAUGCUGAGUGCAGAGGAUUUAGAAGAGAGUUCACGUAAUAUGCGAGAUCAGUUCCUUGAUCACCUUGAGGAUCAUUUACAUGAUGUUAAUGCAUUUGUAAGGGUGAAGGUUCUUCAAAUAUGGCAACGUCUCUGCCAAGAGAAGUCUAUUCCCUUAUCACGACAGAGUCAAGUGUUGAAACUGGUUGUAGGUCGCCUUCAUGACAAGAGUUGCAAUGUAAAAAAAAAUGCCAUGCAUUUGGUGACUGCAUUUCUCGAAGGAAAUCCAUUUGCAGCUAAGUUAAGUUUAAAGGAGCUUCAGUCACAACUGCAAGUAGAGAUGAAGUCCCUAGAAACGCUUAAAGGGAAGAGUGGCAGCGAGGCUUCCAGAAGAAAGCAUGUUACUGAGCUAAAGAGGGAACAAAUGUGGCUUGAUCGUGAACAAGAAAUUGCCAAAGUUAUUGAAGAUGUCUUACAUACAGGUUCAUCAGAGGAUGAGCCAGUUACCCAAAUAUUGACUCAGAACUCUCUCUCUGAGUCAUUUGAAGAGAUUCGUUUGAAGCUUGGUCAAAAGCAAUACUUGGAUGCAUAUUAUCUUUUACGCAAUGCAGAAAAGCAAUUUCCUGGUGCCCAGGAGCUUAGGUGUGACAUGGAUUUGCCAAGCCAGGUGGGUUACUUUCUGAACCUUCUCCAUAAAAUAUUUGUGGAAUGUAACUCUUCAGGAGAAAGUUCCCAACAGAGCAGCCAGAGUGAGGCAAGGCCUGACACCACUUCUCAGGAGAGUGGAGAAGCAUCUGUGUUUGAAUUUGACAGUGCCAUGGAAUCUCAGCAAACAGUUGUGCAGUAUCUCAAAGAUACCAUAACAUUUGUGCAGCUUGUAUCUAGCGCUGUUCCAGUGAUCUGUCAGCUGCUUCAUUCUCGGCAAACUACUGAUGUUAUAGAGGCAGUAGAUUUCUUCACAUCUGCAUAUAAGUUUGGCUUGGCUGAGGCUAUAGUUGGAGUUCAGCAAAUGUUGGUCCUGAUAUGGUCACAAGAUCAGGCUGUUCGAGAUGCAGUGGCUGUUGCAUACAAAAAGUUAUAUCUCAACACAGAAAGUACUACACCAAGGCUUCAUGCUGUGCAAGUGGUGAAAAAUUUGAGUGGACUGCUAAAAAUUGUGAAUGUGGGGCAGCAUGCAGCUUUCGAAGAACUUGUCAAGAACUGGGUUGCAAAUGGUUCCGUAGAUAAAGCCUGCAUACAGGUGAUGUGGGAACGGUUUUCACUUACCAUACCUGAUACAUCAGAGGAAGAUAGUCUAGCAGCCCUAGUACUGUUAGGAAUGGUAGCAAGAGCUGAGGUGCACACUGUGUCAAGUAAUAUCCCGGUGUUAGUUGGUAUUGGAUUUGGAGAAAGAGGGGUGAGGAAUUAUAGACUGGUUAAAGAAACUUGCCAAGUUCUGCUGAAACUGGUUGCAAGGAAACCACCAACAAACUCACCAACUCCACCACUUAGGUUUCCAAAAGAUCAUGAAAUCUUCACUAGUAUUUUUAAAAUUUUAACAUCUGGAUUCUGGAAUGUGGAUGAUAAUUACUACAUACCAAUGUCAGCUGAAGCUGUUGAUGUUACAUAUCAGUUGGCAGAGCAACCUGAUGUCAUCUGUGGGGAAUUAAUAAAAGAACUUCUUGAUCAGGUGAAGCAAGGAAAGCCACCUGAAAAUCCAGGAAAUAACCAAGUAUUUGAUGGCUUGUUGGAGAAACAUGACGAUAGUCCUUCCCAGCUUAACACACAGGAUUCUGCUGAGUGUCCGUAUGAAGUUAUAUCACGCUUAGUAUUUUUGAUUGGUCACAUAGCACUUCGCCAAAUGUUAUAUCUGGACGUGGAUGUGUUCUGUGAGCUUAAACGUCGUAAUGCACGACGUGAAGAAAGAGAUGAUGCUCAGAAUACCAAAAGCAAGAAGAAAAAGAAACAGCAGAAAGGGGACAAGAAUUCGUUACAAAAUUCAUCAUAUGUUUCUAUGAGUGCAUCUGAAACUCCUAGGAACAGGCAGGAGCCAUCAGAUGGAGAUGACGAGAUGGGAGUUGUGGGAGCUGUUGCUGAUGACCAGGAGGCUGAAUACAUACGUAACAUUUGUGAGAAUGAUAUUGUGUCAAGUGAAAAUCUUCUUGCUGCUCUUAGUCCUUUGGUAGUGACAAUAUGUUCUAAUCCAAACAAGUAUAAGGAUACAAAGCUUCAGACUGCAGCAUCACUUUCACUGACAAAAAUGAUGAUGGUAUCGUCAAGUUUCUGUGAGGAUCAUCUCCAACUUUUAGUGACUGUAUUGGAAAAGUCAGCGGAACCUGUUAUAAGAUGCAAUCUCAUUGUGGCGCUUGGAGAUCUGUCCUACAGAUUUCCCAACAUCACUGAACCUUGGACAUCACAUAUAUAUAGCAGAUUGCGAGACCCAGCAUCUGAAGUCCGUCAGGGUACUAUGUUGGUACUCACAAACCUCAUUAUGAAUGAUAUGGUUAAAGUCAAGGGUCAGAUUUCAGAAAUGGCACUCUGCAUUGUUGACACAGAGGAGAAGUUGGCAGAAAUGGCAUGCAGAUUUUUUGUGGAACUUUCUCACAAGGGUAAUACUCUUUAUAAUGUGAUGCCAGACAUUAUCUCAAGACUGUCAACUCCAGAUUUAAAACUUGAGGAGGGAAAGUUUAAAACUAUAAUGAAGUUCAUCAUGGGUUUGAUACAGAAGGAUCGACAAAUGGAGUCCCUUGUUGAAAAGCUCUGUCUGCGUUUUCGAACGUCACAGAGUGAGAGGCAGUGGAGUGAUUUGGCAUUCUGUCUUUCACUAUUACAAUAUUCAGAACGCAGUUUGAGACGGCUCAGCGAAAAUCUGCCUUGCUACGCUGACAAGUUGCAUUCACAAAAAGUGUAUGACACAUUUUGUGUCAUACUGGCUGGUAUCAACAAAACAAGUAAACCAGAUCUGAAGGCAGCAGCUGAUGAACUGGAAGUCAAAAUUAAGGAGUGCUAUAGUAAAGGUGCAGAUGAUGUCUUGGUGUCACAGAAGGCUGCUGCAACUGGUCGAAGGAGAACAGCCAAUACACCAGCAGGUAAUAGAAUUAGCUCUACACGCAAACAGAUGUCUCGUUCCACUGUCCAGUGUAAUCGGCAGCGGCAGCGAUGCGUUUCAGAUUCAGAAGACUCGGACAGUUCAGAUCAUGAAAAUUCUGAUAAAGAGAAUCACAGCAGCAAGAGCCAAGGACAUGAAGUUCGCAGAAGUGCGAGACUUAGAUUAGUGGAGAAGCUGUCACAACCUCCACAUCCUGUCUUGGACUCUGAUGACUCUGACGAAGAUGUUUUUGUGAGGCCCAAGACACCAAUGAAGAAAUUCACUGAUAUGGAUAAGAAGUUAGGAGAUGAUGCUGAGAGCUCAGAUGAGGAUGUGAUGGAGAACCACUUGGCUUCCCCAGAUCGUAAAAGACUUUGUAGAGGUUUAGACAACAGUAAAACAUUGACUGCCAACACACCUCAACCUAGAAGUAUGCCUCGGCCAAAGUUCACACCCAGAGCUAAGGGUACACCACAGACAUCAAGUGCAAAUGGGCAUAAAACAAAGAAUAAGUAAUGUUUGUAAUUCAUAUUAAUGGUUCUCAAUUCUUGCAGUCAUUCUUGGAUUAAUUUAGGACUAACUCUAAAGGUAGAAUAUAUUAUAACAUAAGGUAUUUGUAAAAUUAUGUAACAUUUUGUUUAUUAUGUGUGAAGGUAAUUUAUUCAGUAAUUUUUUAAGUCAGUUUGAAAUUCUAAAUUUUUGUGAGAAACUGUGAAACUCAUUUAUCCUUGAUAUCUUUGCCUGCAUUCCAUAAUGAUUGUAUCACUGAAUACCUUCAAGCAUCAGGCAGAAGUAUCUGCCCUCUUACACCUGUUCAGGCUUAUAGAAACAGUGGAAUAAUACUUGUCAUUUAUUUUGGCAUAAAAAGUCAUAAAGGUCUUGUCCAUUAUUUUAUGUAAUGUUAUUAUUAUCUAUGUCGUAGAAGCACAUGAAGUUUAGUCCACUUUUUUUUAAAUAUGAUCUGCAGCUUGAGAACCAUAUUAGAUACAGAGUUUUUUUUAUGUAUUAUGAAGAUUUACAGCAAUAUUCUGAGAUGAAAUACUGUUAACACAUUAUAUUUUAAAUAAGAUUACAUUUACGAAAUGACAUACAAGGGCCAUAUUAAUAAUAUGCAUUGAUUGGAUCGGAAUGCUUUUUAGUAUGACACACAGUGGAUAGUUUAGUUUUGCUUUUUACUAAUAGGCUGAAGAGAAUUAUUUUUCAAGAAACAGGUGGAUUAAAAUAGUAUAAGGAUCUAGGUCACUGAAACUUUCAUGUACAGACCUAGCUUACCUAUUACUCAUAGGUAGGAAGCAUCUAAACCAACUUGAGGACACUGUAUGUUUUUGUCUGUUAAUUUUCAUGACGGUAACAAUUUAAUUUGAAAAUAAAAAAUAAUUUACCUGGACUUAGCUUAAACCAUGCAAAAAUUAAUUGUGGAAGGGGUAGCUAAAUACUACUGACUUAUAUUUUUUAUAUGUCCUGCUGUUACUGUGGGAAUAAUUAGCUUUAUUUAUGAGAUAUGAAUAUGAUAUUUAUGAAAUUAUAUUACAGUUUCACCAGCAUAAUGUCACUUCACGUGUUUGCCAUUUGUUAAGGAUUGGUGAGAAAGAUGUGUUUCACUGAGUUGUAGAAAUAUGAGUAGAAGUUUGUCUGUCAUACCAGCUACAUCUGUAAAAAUAUCUGGUGGAAAUGAGUGGUGAAAUGUCCUACCUUUAUUUUAAGAAACUCUGUUACUUCUGUGUCAUUUCUACUUGAAAAUGAAAUGCCCUGAAGUCUUGUGCAAUAAUCAGUAUGCAUCUUAUUUUGGUUUAAAAUCAUACUGCUGAGAUACAAAUACUUGGACAAAUUAUAUUGGAAAGUUUAAAAUGAACCUCACUGUUUGACUAUGACAAAGAUAAUUUCAUUACGUUUAUAAAAUCAGAAUAAAUGACUCCUAUCAUUGCUUAUGCUCACCUGCCCCAAUAGUUUAAAUAUCUGGCAGUUUUGGGAUGUUAUUGUACUAUCUGAAUCUGGGAUUAAAGUAAUAAAUCAUCUUCAUUGUCAUUGCUCAUAUUUUUUCAAUAUAUAUGCUGUAUCAGAUGUAAUGUUCAUACAUUGUAGCCCAUUUGCAGUUACUACAUGUAUUUUGUUCUUUGUCUCCUUGACCCUCCCCUCCCCAUUUAUUUUUUCUUUAAUAUUUUAGAAAAUAUGUAUAUUUUGUACUUGCAAAAAUUUAUUAAUACGUAUUUCCAUAAAAAAGAUUUUUAAACUAAACAUACCAUACUUCAGUAAUCUUGUUUCCUUUGUAAUAGAAGCAACAUUUUAUUUAAUCUGUAGAUUUAAUCAACUGCUGACAUUAAAGGAUACACUAGAAUAA